AUGAAUGCUUCAGUUGCUAUCACUCUCUCCCAUGUCGAUACGGAAGUUCGAAAGAUAAGAGAAACAAUGGAUAGUACAUCCCGACUAAAAGUCCUUAACUGGCUUAGCCCCAUCGACCACGAAAACCAACAAAGUGACGCCUUUUCUCAAUGUCAAAGCGGCACGGGAAAAUGGUUCCUGGAGUCUGAAGAGUUCAAACGAUUGCUUCGAGAGCCCAAAGAAGCAUUGCUCUGUCAAGGCAUACCGGGAGCGGGAAAAACAGUCAUGGCAUCCAUUGUUAUCAACCACCUGCAGGGAGAAUUCCCUCAACGAGAUAUUGGAAUUGCCUAUGUAUUUUGCAGUUUCCGUCAACACAAUGAGCAGACGCUAGAGGAUCUCUUAUCCGGCUUCCUAAAACAGCUCGCUCAACAGCAACCCGAGGUUCCCGGGUGUAUCACUACAGCAUAUGGACAAUUCAUUGCCCGGGGCAUUCUUCCAUCGGUUGAAAAGCUUAUAGAACUUCUAAUUAGCGUCAUCAAUUCCUACGGAAAGGUAUUCAUGGUUCUGGAUGCUCUUGACGAGAUAAAUGCUUCCGAUGGAACAACCAGAUCGUUAAUUGCUACGCUUUUCGAAAUUCAGAAGGAGGCACCCAUCAGUUUCCUCGCAACCUCCCGCCACGCUGCUAUUGCCAAUAUACUAAGUGUCUUCCGAAGCAAUGAAAGCCAGUUCCUCGACAUACGUGCAUCGGAUGAAGACGUUCGCACUUACAUCGACGGACAACUCGACACCCUUCGAGCCGUUCCUUCAAAAGACUCCAAGAUGAGAGAGAGCAUCAAAGAUACUAUUGUAAAAUCAGUGGAUGGAAUAUAA